GGGACGGGCCAACAAAACAUUCAGUUUUGUGUUCGGAACAUUUCGGUGAGGACUGCUACCCGAUGCAGUACAGAUUUCUUCAAUCAAUGGGACGUACACCACCGAAAAAGAAAACGCUAAUAAAAGAUGCUGUGCCAACGAUCAACAAAGGCUGCACCAACGUAGAGGAAACGCCUGUCAAAAGACCACGGACUGCUUUCGCAAAAAGAGAGAACAGAAGGAUAGUCGAGCAAUGUUUGAAAGAGAGUUCCACGGUAUCCACAGACACUCAGGUGGAGGAAGAUCCUGAUGUUUCAGCCAGUGAUGAGGUUAUGGAAUUGCCAGAGGAACAUGUACAGACAAGAAAUGACCAUGAUUAUUUCUCCUGCAAUUUCAAGGAAACACCAUCAAAGACAAAAACCUGUGGCACGCAGCUCUCCCUGAAACCACCCAAGAGGAAAACGGUCAGGAUACAAGUGGCCCCCAAUGCAGUGGAGAAAGGAUGUCAAACUCAUGCUCCAAGACCAAAGGUGAGACAUGCAGAAGUUCAAUGUAAUCUUCUAAAGCCAGUGGUGGAGAAAGAUGAAGAAACCAACUUGGAAAGUGAUAGUGAGUACGAAGAUCAUCUAGACCUUUUCAAGACCAACAGUAAAGAUCUAGACGACUCCUAUCAUCCGGAUUCUGGUCCAGACGACUCGGACACAGAGUUAGAUAUGGAAGAAAAUGAAGAUGUGCUACACAGUGGACAGAGCAGAGACAGACUCCUCAUAAUUGAAGAAAGCAAACUGCUUGAACUUUUUGAUAAAUGUAGACACUGUUUAUCACCAUGCCAAGGAGAAGUGACACGAAUGAUCGGUACCAUGUGUUGUGUGCAUCAAGAAUGUGACAUGUGUGGUAGGACCUUUAAAUGGAGAAGCCAGUCAAUGGUGGGAUCCCUUCCAAGAGGAAAUGUCCAGCUGUCUGCCAGCAUUUUAUUUUCUGGAUCGUUGCCCUCAAAGACUCUAAGAAUUUUUAACUUUAUGGACAUCCCGGUAAUAUGCCAUGACACGUUUUUCAAGCAUCAGCGACAUUAUUUACAGCCUACAAUUCUAAGGAUGUGGACAGAAAAACAAGUGCAAUAUUUUGCAGAAAUGUGCGAAAGUGACAAUGACAUUUGUAUAGGAGGAGAUGGUCGAUGCGAUACCCCCGGACACUGUGCUAAGUUUUGCAGUUAUUCACUGAUGGAUUUGGACAGAGGGACAGUCGUAGAUAUACAGUUAGUUCAGAGCAAUGAAGUCAAACAUAGUGUCAACAUGGAAAAGGAAGGGUUAAUACGGAGCGUGGACAAUCUAAAACGCCAUGGGAUCAACAUAGAUACCCUAGUCACCGACCGACAUGUCCAGAUCAGAAAGUGGGUGAGGGAGAACAUGACAGAGACCAAUCACUGCGUUGAUGUAUGGCAUGUUGCAAAAGGUUUGAAGAAGAAGUUGUUGGCACUGUCAAAAGAAAGAGAUUGUGGUGAACUUGAAAGCUGGAUAAGAAGUUUAACCAAUCACUUAUACUGGGUUCCUGCAUCAACGCCCUCAGCAGAUGGCGCUUUGAUGUACCAGAAGUGGGUUUCUGUAGUAAACCAUGUCCAAAAUAUCCAUGAUGGUCAUGGUGAUCUGUUUCCUUGCUGUCUGCAUGAUGACUUGAGAACACAGGAAAGGAAGAAGAAAUGGAUAAAACCAGAGAGUAAAGUAAUGGAGAAGCUAGAACUGAUGUUGACAUCACCACAAAUGAAAAAGGACAUUCCCAUGCUAUCAACACAUCACCAAACUUCAGAACUAGAAGGGUACCACUCAACAGUUAACCAGUUUGCCCCUAAAAUGCAUGGCUUUUCAUUCAAUGGAAUGUUGUGCAGGGUGAUUCUAGCUGCACUUCACCACAAUGAAAAUGUGAGAAGAGAACAAGCCAUGACAUCUGAUGGGGAGAAAAUGUUCAAGAUAAUCUACCCUAAACAGAAGAAAGGUGGAUACACUGUCAGAAAAGUCAAAACAAAACAAACAUUUG